AUGCCAAAACUUCAGUGCAAAAAUUGUCAAUACAACAACGUGCUAGAAAUUCCCAAUGGAAACUACCUUCUCGAAAGAAGUUCAAAAACGACUGCGUGAAGCGAUCGGAUGGGAAACCGGGCUGGUUUCGAAGACGCUUGGAGAGAAGGGGAAAAAAAAAAGAAAGAAAAAAAGAGGCACGUCGUUGAUGGAAAGCUGA